UUCAACUCCAGGCAUUGAGUCAAAAUAAAGAUGCACACUGUGUUGUUGGCAGGAUUCCCAGGUUCAUCCACUGAGUCAAAUAAUGUUCUCGCCCAUAAAGCAGAGGAGAAAGAUAGGCUCACCAUGCUCACUGAUGAUGUUUUACUGCACAUCUUAGGGAGAGUCGACCUUGCUACGGCAGCAAGGACGAGCACUCUGUCAAAGCAGUGGAGAAACUUGCCUUGGUUGCUUCCUGAGCUCAACCUUCACGUUACGGAUUUUCUCUGCCCAGAUGACCAUGUUGAGGUUGCACAACAGAUGGAUCAAGCAAUGGCGUCCCUCACCAAAGCCACUAAGAGUUUCUUGGCUCAACCCCACCUCACAUACGACACCGUCGCGAGACUAUCUCUUAAGUUAUACAUGACCGUCAACUACAACUACAAGUAUGACAUUGGCCUGCUAGUUAGUGACGCCAUUGACAAUGGGAUGGUAAAAGAACUGGACCUUGCUAUUCUUGACAAGAAGGAAUACUGUAAAAUCAAGGAUAAGCUACAACGAGCGCGGGAUGUGGAGGGGUUUUUCAGUGAAUAUCCUAGUAUGAUUCGUUGCCUUGCAAGGCUCCAUCUACAAAAUGUGUGCUUUGCCGAGUGGGAUAUAAGUCACCUUUUAUUUGACUGCUCCAAGCAACUGCAGCAUCUUAGUCUGGACAAUUGUGAUGCCGGGAAAUGGUCGAUAUGGCAGAUAAAUGCGCCGAAUUCGAAUAUCAGAAUUCUCGAAUUCCGUGUAACCUGGAUGAAAAGACUUGAGGUGCUAUGCCUUCCUAAACUCGAGAGGCUCCAUUUCAAGAAUUGGUUGUAUCAUGAGCCCCCCUUGAGUUUUGGUUCUGUCUCAUCUCUUAAGGAAUUGUUGCUCCUAUGUCCUGCAACUAUUGAUCACAGAGACUUUAGUUUAAGCCAGGUUCUAUGUGGUGCCACGAACUUGCAUACCCUAACCUUAAACUUCCAAGGAGAAAAGGUAAUUUGA